AAUAGUAUAGAAUAUAGAUUAGAAAUUAGAAUUAAAUUCCAUAUUUCAUAGUCCAUACAGUAAAAAUAAAGACUAAAAUUCACGUCUUGAUAAAUUAAUUCAGGUUUUGUGUUUUAAUUUUUUUUUUGAGAAUUUCAAGUAAAUAUUUAUUGAUAUAUGACAUUUUAGUACUUAAGUUUACGCUUGAUACAAUAGAAAUGGCCGCAGUUGAAUCACUUGUAAAAGUCGAAGAAAAACCUGUUAAUAGAGAAAAGACUUGCCCAUUAUUAUUAAGAGUGUUCUGUGCAAUGGGACAUCAUAAUAAUUUAUCAGAAUACUAUCGUGGCGCUGUACCUGGGAAUGAACUUCAAAUUUAUACAUGGAUGGAUGCUACACUACGCGAAUUGACUGGUUUGAUAAAAGAGGUAAACAUUGAGUCUCGAGUCCGUGGAACAACAUUUGAUUUUGUUCUAGUAUCACCAGAAUAUAAUAACCCAAGAUUUAAUGCAUUUGAAAUCGGACUUACUGUUGCUGGAAAUAGAUCUCCAGAUGAUUCGAAAACUUUAGGGAACACAAGAUUUACUAUUGGUGAUUAUUUGGAUGUUUGCAUAACUCCUCCAGAACGUUUUAUGAGAAGACCAGCAACAAUGCGCUACCUUAAAAAAAAAAAACCUUUCAGUCAUUGAACAAUAAUUUGGUGUACUGGAUCAUCUAUAAGAAAUCGUCUCAUCAUCUUAGAUAAAAUAUCAUGUUCGAUUGAAGUCUACAAUAUUUAGAAAACACGGAUUGAAUUGGUCAAAAUACAAUUUCUGUAUGAAACAACCUAUAUUUAUUAAUUAUCAUAAUGUAAAAUUUGUAAAAUGUGGUUUAACAAUUAUAUAUAUUUGUGUAUUCACUGUGUAAUAUACUUAUAUCUAUAUUAUUAAUA